AGGCCUUAAGCGCGCGGCGGGCGGCGCUUCCCGGGGCGUAGGUAAGGGAACCGAAGGCCGAGGACGUCGGGAACCACGCGUGGGGUGUGGGCGGGAAUCCCCGAGGAGGCGGCGGGGCGGACGGCGCCGAUCAGGCAGCUCGGAGGACAGCCCCGGCGUCUGUCAGUCCGCACCGUUUGAAAACAGUUCGUUGUGCCGCCGCGGCAGCCGGGUUCCCGCCCUGCCGGGUCUGACGCGACCGCGCCGCCGCGGCGCUUUGUGCUCCGCCCGCCACUGAUGCUGCGUGCUCGGGACGACGGGCUCCGCGGUUGCAUGGUCUGAGGCUGGCCGCGAGGCGCCAAAGUCGGCAUCAUGUCGCUGCCUCCGGAGAAAGCCUCGGAGCUCAAGCAGCUCAUCCACCAGCAGCUGAGCAAGAUGGAUGUCCAUGGCAGGAUAAGAGAAAUUCUCGCUGAAACUAUACGAGAAGAAUUGGCACCUGAUCAACAGCAUUUAUCCACAGAAGAUCUGAUCAAAGCUCUUAGACGUCGAGGAAUCAUUGAUGAUGUAAUGAAAGAACUUAAUUUUGUGACUGACAGUGUUGAUCAAGAACUCCCUUCUCCAAAGCAAGCUGUUGCUUUUGAUAAACAGUCAACAUUAAAAAAAACUAAUGUUGAUCCAACACGGAGGUAUCUUUACCUUCAGGUUUUGGGUGGAAAAGCUUUCUUGGAACAUCUGCAAGAACCCGAGCCUUUACCAGGACAAGUUUGUUCGACGUUUACUUUAUGUUUACAUUAUCGGAACCAACGUUUCCGCUCAAAGCCUGUUCCAUGUGCUUGUGAGCCAGAUUUCCAUGACGGAUUUCUGCUUGAAGUUCACAGAGAAAGUUUAGGUGAUGGAACUAGAAUGGCUGAUUCAACAACAAUGUUAUCAAUAAGUGAUCCAAUUCACAUGGUGCUGAUCAAAACAGACAUAUUUGGUGAGACCACUUUAGUGGCAUCCUAUUUUCUGGAAUGGAGAUCAGUUUUGGGCUCAGAAAAUGGAGUGACCAGUCUGACUGUGGAACUUAUGGGUGUAGGCACAGAAUCAAAAGUUUCUGUGGGAAUUUUAAACAUAAAACUUGAGAUGUACCCACCACUCAACCAAACACUAUCUCAAGAAGUAGUGAACACGCAGCUUGCCUUGGAACGUCAGAAAACUGCAGAGAAAGAACGAUUAUUUCUGGUCUAUGCUAAGCAGUGGUGGAGAGAGUAUUUGCAAAUUCGACCCUCACACAACUCACGGCUGGUAAAGAUUUUUGCACAGGAUGAGAACGGGAUAAAUAGACCAGUCUGUUCCUAUGUGAAACCACUUCGGGCUGGACGGCUUCUGGAUACUCCGAGGCAAGCAGCACGGUUCGUUAAUGUGCUUGGUUACGAACGAGCCCCUGUUAUCGGAGGAGGUGGCAAACAGGAGCAGUGGUGCACUCUGCUGGCUUUUCUCUGUAGAAACAAGGGUGAUUGUGAAGACCAUGCUAACCUGCUGUGCAGCCUUCUUCUUGGAUAUGGCUUGGAGGCUUUUGUCUGUGUUGGGACCAAGGCAAAGGGGGCACCUCACGCAUGGGUUAUGACUUGUGGGACUGAUGGGACCAUCACGUUUUGGGAGAGUUUAACAGGGCACAGGUACAUCCACAAGCCUACUAAUCCUGAAGGACCUCCACUUGCUGAACAGCCCAAACCAUUGUACCCCUACCGAACAAUUGGUUGUGUUUUCAAUCAUCAGAUGUUCCUGGGAAACUGUCAACCCUCAGAUGCAGUAGAAACUUGCAUAUUUGAUUUGAAUGAUGAAUCCAAGUGGAAACCCAUGAGUGAAGAAGCAAUUAAGUCUGUGUGUGCUCCAGGUGCCACCACAUCCCUCCCUCCCUUCCCACCUCUGUGUGCAUCCACGAUUGAUGCCUCAGUCACAAGCAAUGAAAUCGAAAUGCAGCUGCGGCUCCUAGUGUCGGAACACAGAAAGGACCUCGGCCUCACCACCGUUUGGGAAGACCAGCUCUCCUAUCUCUUAUCGCCAGCGCUGGCUUCCUAUGAGUUUGAGCGGACGACAAGCAUAUCUGCCGGCAAUGAGGAGUUUCAGGACGCCAUCAGGAGGGCCGUACCUGACGGCCACACGUUCAAAGGGUUCCCAAUACACUUCGUGUAUAGGAACGCAAGGCGUGCCUUUGCCACAUGUCUUCGGUCUCCUUUCUGUGAAGAAAUAAUCUGUUGUCGUGGAGACCAGGUGCGACUGGCAGUCCGUGUCCGAGUGUUUACCUACCCUGAAUCUGCCUGUGCUGUUUGGAUCAUGUUUGCUUGUGAAUGUGCCUCUUAGGAGCAUUUGUCUGGGAGUGUCUGGGAUAAGCUUGGGCUGCACGGAUAGGACAUGCUCCCCAAAGGCCUUGGAGCAGCUCAGCCUGCCUCGCGUCCAGAGUAUCAAGCAUGAAGUACAAUUACUCUACAAAAAUGAUAAGUAAAUAUAAGAAAAACUCUCCAGGAUCCUAUUUUUAAAAUAAACAUAAGAAAAUCAAGGAAAACUUAAGAUUA